AACCCCGGCGAGCUCAGGCUCCUCGGCGACUCCGACCUGAUGAUCUCCGAGAUCUGCCUCGGCACGAUGACGUUCGGGAAGCAAAACACCGAGCGCGACGCGCACGCGCAGCUGUCGUACGCGGUCGACGCGGGCGUCAACUUCAUCGACACCGCGGAGAUGUACCCCGUCCCGACCGAGGCGGCGAGGCAGGGAAAGACGGACGAGUACAUCGGCACGUGGUUGCGAUCCCGCCGCCGCGAGGACGUCGUCCUCGCGACCAAGGUGAGCGGCCGCAGCGAUCGCAUCACGUGGCUCCCCCGCGGCGACAACGAGACGCCGCGCGUGAAGCGCAAGCACAUCAUGGAGUCCGUGGAGCACUCGCUGUCGCGCCUCCAGGUGGAUCACAUAGAUUUACUGCAGAUUCACUGGCCGGAUCGCUACGUCUCGCUGUUCGGCGCGUCGCCCUACGACGUCGCCAACGUCAACGACGACGACGUCCCGUUCGAGGAGCAACUCCGCGCGUUCGACGACUUGAUUCGCCAAGGGAAGGUCCGGCACCUGGGCGUGAGCAACGAGACGAGCUGGGGCGUGUGCGAGUUCGCGCGGAUCGCGGCGACGAGCGGCAUGCCGAAGCUCGUGUCGAUUCAAAACAGUUACAGCUUGCUCACGCGCGGCGCGUUUGAAACGGAUCUCGCGGAGGUGUGCUCGCCGUCAAACGCCAACGUCGGUCUGCUGGCGUACUCCCCGCUCGCGGGCGGCGCGCUGACGGGUAAAUACCUCGGGGAGAGCCCGCCCGAGGGCGCGCGUUUCACGAUGUUUCCGGGGUACAUGGAGCGGUUCAACAAGAGCGCGACGAGGGAGGCGACGGCGGAGUACGCGAGGGUGGCGGGGGAGUACGGGCUCUCUCCCGCGGCGCUCGCGCUGGCGUUCGUGCGGUCGCGGUGGUUCGUCACGUCGACGAUCAUCGGCGCGACGUCGAUGGAGCAACUGGGGGAGAACAUCGACGCGUUUAACGUGGAGAUGACGCAGGAGUGUUUGGACGACAUCGACGCGGUGUAUAAGAAGUACAAAGACCCGGCGAUAAGUUAGUUAGACAAUAUUAAGUCGAUGGGGCAUAAUCCUUCUUAUCCGAAGUAAGAUUCGUAACGCGAC